CAGAUUUACCACCAAGUUUGAAUGUGCUGCGUGCCUCAAACUGCAUGGCGUUGGAAAGAUUGCCAAAUCUAUCAAAUUUCUUACAUAUGGAAGCUUUGUACCUCAGUAAUUGCAAUAAAUUAGCAGAGAUUCUUGGCUUGGAUAAGUUGUUGAAUUUCAUUAGCGAGAUUCAAAUGGAACGGUGCAGCAAUUUAACAAAUAAUUUUAAACAAAGCAUCCUACAGGAAUGGACUUUGAGUGGAUUUCGUAGCUUGUAUGGCAUUUUUCUCCCCGACAAUGAUAUACCUGAUUGGUUUACAUAUAAGGAUGAGGGACGCUCUAUAUGUUUUGAAGUGCCUCGCAUCAUUGAUCAUAAUAUGGAAGGGUUCGCUGUAUGCACUGUUCAUUCAUCAUGUGACAAUGGAGAGAUAUGGUACGCUGGUGAUCUUCCUAUCAUUUCCGUACUCAAUAAAACCAAGAGUACCACUUAUCAAAAUGAAAGGCGAUUUAACAUUACUCUAGAAAUAUCGCAUGAAGAUCACAUUUGGAUAUUCAAUUUUGAUAAAUAUGAGGUCAAUUUGGAGGCCGGUGACGAAGUAGAGGUUAUCGCAGAUUUUGGGCCAGAAAUCGAUGUUAAGAAGAUAGGGGUUCGCCUAGUAUAUACAGGGAUAUUGAUGGGAAAAUGAUUCAUUAUGCCUCUACAUCGAAUAAGGAUGCUAUUGCUGUUAUUGACGAUGGAGAUGCGUCCAUAGAUUAUGUUGCAAUUGAGUCUAAAAGAGGCCUUGGUGAUGAUGGAGCAGAUUUGAGCCAUGGUUGCUUUGACGACGAUCGAGUGCCUAAGAGAUUGAGGUGUGAACAUAAUCCUGAUGAUAAAGCAGAAUCAAGCCAUGGUUGCUUUGACGGUGA